GACUGCAAAUCAAGAUAUUUUGACGCGUUUAGGUGAACGAGAAGUGAACACGUGUGUCUUCGAGUGUUUGUUAUAAUUUACGUUAUUUAAGAAACUCGUCUUUUACUUUAUAAUGCCAACGGACAAGUUUAGACAAAAACAUCCGAAAAAUCGGCACACCAAGACGCACUUGGUGUUUGAUGAAGAGAAAAGGAGAGAUUUCUUGAGCGGCUUUCAAAAGCGGAAGAAGGAACGGAAACGGGUCGCCCGAGAGCAGCAGGAGCUGCAGUACAAGGAAGAGAAGCAGAAAAUCAGGCAGGAGACGAGGAAAGCCAGGCAGGCUGGAUGGAAGGAUCUGAACUUCCCUGAUGAAGUUACAGAAGUGAAAGAUAGCAAGCCCAUAGUCUUUGACCAUGCAGAACACACAGUCACUGUGGAAUCAGUCGGGGGAGUUACAGUAGAAGCCUUGGAUCUGCUGGCUGCCCACGGGGGCAUCGGGGAGAACAAGGUGGAAUAUGAAGAUGAUGAUGUCGAAGAAAACGCACUGUCUCGACUCAAAGGGUUAGCAGAGUACGAUGAUGAUGACGAUGAAAAUGAAAGUGAUGAGGAUAAUAACGAAGAUGUACCCAAGGAGACAAAAGCCAAAGACAGGAAAAUUCAGAGCAACAAAAAGAGCUCCAAACUGCAAAAGCUACAGAGCAAACUCAACAGAAGCAGAACAGGGCACAGAGGGGGCUCCUCAUCAGCCAGACACAAGGGUGGUCACAAGGGUAGUCACAAGGAGACAGAAAGCAGGGGGGUCAAACGACUCGGUCAUCGGGGGAAAAAGCAGAGGGGUAACAGGCGAGGAGGGCACAGCGGAAAGCGGAGAUAAGAUAUUUGGGAUAGAGAGGAACUUUUUUUGACACCCGUUGACACUCUUACGUGACAGAUCCUGCAACUGGAUCUCAGAAGGACUUUUAGGAAAUGAUGGUUUGUAAUCCUAGUGAUCCCCAACCAGCCAGACUCCAAUACCAGGGUUUGUUGGUACUGCACUAGUAAACUGCCUGUGCUUUACGUGGGAUUAGGCAUAGCACAACUAAACAGAGUCCAACUGUUUAUGUGCACAGUUCACCAUAUGGUGUUGGAAUUUGCAAGGAUGAGGACGGUUCCCAGUAAAUCACCCUAGGGAGUAGUUAAGACAUGAUGAUAAAGGUAUUCUGUACUGGGCACGACCCAGACACAAGGUUGUUCUUAAACCCCUUGACCCCCGACCCCCUCGAUCCACGACCCCCUCAACUUACGUUCAAGCCCCUCUAAACAUUCCCUCGACCAGAUGCUUCAUUUUCAAGAUCGAACAUUUUUCGUUUUGGUAAGAUGUUGUGAAAAGGGGGCAAGUGCGAAUGAUACAUUCCAUGGCUUGAUCUGGUCGAGGGACUGUGUUUUGAGGGGCUUGAACGUAAGUCGAGGGGGUUGUGGGUUGAGGGGGUCGUGGGGGUCCAGGGGAUUUUAGAACAACCCCAGACACGUGGGAGCUCUGGUGAGUGGGUUUUGCAUUUUUUUGAUGGAUACAUUUUUUUAACACUGAUGAGCUUGAUGUACCAAGUUUUCCAAAUAUAACGUGCCAAUCGGUUACUGCAGUAGGAUGGAUGAAGACAAUAUGAUGGUUUUGGAUAGAGUCUGGGAGUUGGAUUCAGGCAUGCAACUUUUCCUUGGAUCCGCUGAUUUCCUCGUUUUUUUUACUUCUCUUUUACUUCUUUUUACUUUCAAUUACAAAUUGAGAAACACUGUACAAAGUCUUGUGUGGUUUGGAAUUUCCUUGUAUUUUCUAAAUUCCCAGUUGCAUGCCUGUGGAUUUAACCAGUUACCACCUGCACUACAUUGUAUUACAUUGUAUUUAUUUUCUGAUGAAUCAAACCAACAAAUCUGGGGCAAUUGGGUGGUACAGGGAGAAACAGGAAGGGCAGUUAGGGGCACAGAAAUAAAACUUUUGAAAUAAUCAAGUAGGUUUUUUUAAUGCAUUGUAA